AUGACUUCGACAGGGACGAAUCUACUCGAGCAUGCAACCAAGUCAAGCAAGCUCAAACAGGCACAGAAGUCCCUCUCAGGGUAUACAGAUAACAAGGACAAAGUGCCGGCGGGUGCGAUAUUGCUUUCUGGGGCAGGCGGAGGCGUCGUUGGUCCUUCUUCAAUGUAUAUCUCCGUGGGAGACAAACUUGCCAGUCUUCGACAGGGUAUGCCUGUACUUCGACUCGAUUAUCGCUAUCCGGCCCAUGACACUCCGUGUGUGGAAGACGUAACUGCGGCAAUGGAUCAUCUCGAGGAGCAGUAUUCUAUUCGCAGAUUCGUUUUGGUUGGCUGGUCAUUUGGAGGCGCCCCGGUCUUCACCUUGGGCGGGCGAGAGCGAGAACGUGUCAUCGGAUGUGCUACCGUUGCAAGCCAAACCGCAGGCACAGAUGGGAUAAGGAAGCUGGCUCCAAGACCACUGUUGCUGCUCCACGGUACUGGUGAUCGAACUUUGAGAUGGGACUGCUCCCAGAGUCUAUACGAGGCGUACGGCAAAAAGGGCCAUCGACAAUUGAAGCUCUUCGAGGACGAUGAUCAUGCGUUGACAAGGAAUGCGCUUGAGGCAGAAGAGCUGUUGUGCGAUUUCAUCGCUAAAUGUAUUGGGCUGAAGAUAGACAACGAUGAGCAAGAGAAGGUCAUCCAGAAGCCCUUGGUGGAUAGAAGUGAAAGAAUCGAACUGAUGGAGACUGGCGGCGAUCUCGAGGGCGAGAGUAUCGAGUAG